UUUUUUGGAAGCAUUUUCAUGCUGGGUCCCUUUUUACCUUUGAUGUUUGUAAACCCAUCUUGGUAUCGCUGGAUCAACAACCGCCUUGUGGCAACCUGGCUCACACUUCCUGUGUGGAAAAAUGUCCUCGGGUGAGAAUAAAAAAAACAAACAAACAAUGAGCGAACCAGUCACUUCAUCUGGUGGUCUGCUGGAGAAACCUGGUCCAGCAUUCGGAGAAAAGGCUGAGCUGGCUGGACUCAUUGAUAGUGUGCUGGUCUCUCUGAGAUUUCCAAAGGCAUUGCUGGAGACCAUAUUUGGUGUAAAAGUGAUUAUAACAGGUGAUGCAUUUGUUCCUGGGGAAAGAAGUGUUAUUAUCAUGAAUCAUCGGACGAGAAUGGACUGGAUGUUCCUGUGGAAUUGUCUGAUGAGAUAUAGCUACCUCAGACUGGAGAAGAUUUGCCUCAAAGCCAGUCUCAAAAGUGUUCCUGGAUUUGGUUGGGCCAUGCAGGCUGCUGCCUAUAUCUUCAUUCAUAGGAAGUGGAAGGAUGACAAAAGCCAUUUUGAAGACAUGAUUGGUUAUUUUUGUGAUAUCCGUGAACCACUUCAACUCCUCAUAUUCCCAGAAGGGACUGAUCUCACAGAAAACAGCAAGGCUCGAAGUAAUGAUUUUGCUGAAAAGAAUGGACUUCAGAAAUAUGAAUAUGUCUUACAUCCAAGAACUACUGGCUUUACUUUUGUAGUAGACCGUCUAAGAGAAGGAAGGAACCUCGAUGCUGUCCAUGACAUCACGGUGGCAUACCCUCACAACAUUCCUCAGACAGAGAGGCACCUCCUCCGCGGGGACUUCCCCAAAGAGAUCUACUUCCACGUGCACCGCUACCCUAUAGACAGCCUCCCCACGUCCAAGGAGGACCUGCAGCUCUGGUGCCACAAGCGGUGGGAGGAGAAGGAAGAGAGGCUGCGCUGCUUCUACCGCGGGGAGAGGGAUUUCUGCUUCACCGGGCAGACUGCAGUGCCACCUUGCAAGUCUGAGCUCAGGGUCCUGGUGGUCAAAUUUCUCUCCAUACUGUACUGGACCCUGUUCAGCCCUGCAAUGUGCCUCCUCAUAUAUUUGUACAGUCUUGUCCGGUGGUAUUUUAUAAUCACCAUUGUCAUCUUCGUACUGCAGGAGCGAGUAUUUGGUGGGCUGGAGGUCAUGGAACUUGCAUGCUACCGUUUUCUACACAAACAGUCACAUUCAAAUGCAAAGAGAGACGAGUAAGAUGGUAAGGUCCACCGUGUAACAACCUAGGAAAUAUUUGGGAAAUGUGGUAAGCCUUUGUAAACUGAGAUGUGCUUUUGCAUGACAAUGUCAAAUAUUUCUUACUACCAUCAUUAUUUGUUAAAGGUAUUUUGCGCCUAGUUUUGUGGGAAAAUAUUACUAUACACACUAUUUUUUUUUAAUCUUUGAAUGUAAUUUCAAUAUGCAUAGCAGGGAGCAAUUGCUGUGGGCUAACUCGGCCGGAAUAUUUAAACAGUCAUCAGGCUGUUCACAGACAAGGUGCACACAGGGUCUUCUCAGAGGCUCAGCCUGUUUUCUAACAACCCCCAGACAAGAGGGGGCUCUGGGGCCUAUGACCUGGCCCCACCCCGCUGCUGCCACUUCCUCCUGGCUCCCUCCCUCCGACUCCUGUCCAUGCCCAUCAGACCACUGCAUCCUUCCUUGAGGCCAGAAGACCGAAAUCUCUUGUCUUUAAACCGGCCAAACAUUCUGAUAGGAAGCCCUUCCUUAUUCAUCUGAUCUUGGUAUCUAGCCUUGCGCUGACCUCGGCAUCAGAAGACUACCCGUGGCCUCUCCUUACAUGGAAAAUAAGACUUGGACUGUCUCGGGCAGCCACAGGCUCUCCACUUAGAACCCUUAGUUUGAAUUUUUAGUGAUAGGAAUUAUACAGCUUAGUUCUCCACUUCUACUUAAUCUUGCAUGCUUAGUGCUGGUUUCGUCACAGCAUGUCGACAGGUGUAGCGCCUUCUGUGUUAGAAACAGUAAAAAGUAACUUUUUUAAAGGAAAGCAUAGGAUAUUCUGUUACUGCAGUCACAAACUCUCCUUUGAAGCUGUCUCUUUUGAAAUAUUUUUUUAUAACCUGCCCCAAAAAGGAAGGUUAGUGUAUUUUCUGCAUGUGCAUGGGUCUCUCACUUUUGCCAUUAAAAUGACAACAAAACGCUUGCAGACAGGCCAGUAAUGGUUUACCCUAAAUCACUCAACCCAAGUAGCCUUGACAAGUUCUACUCUUAAAACCAAAAUAACAAAAAUGGAUCCUUUUUUUUAGCUGAGAAGGGAGGGAUCUCUCUCAUUUUUAGUCCUAGGCUUGUUCUUUCAGUGGUAAAAUUUAAACCCAAUUUUGACCAAUUGUUCACCUAAAUAUUCCAGUCAUUUGGAGUCGAUGGAAACCAAGCAAACCCAAAGCACCAACCUCCCGAGGCAUGAAAGACACGAGGCCCUUGUUUCCACUCCACAGAAGCCGCCACUGCUUUUUCAGUCAUGUAAUGAGGAUGCUGGUUAGAGCAGAAAAUCUGAGGCCAUUAAGUCUUUAGCUGUUAGCAAACCUGUCAGCUUGACUCCUGCCUGUAGCCAGCCUCAGAAGCUCUUUAUUGCUCCAUGUGCCCUUUUGGCAUGAAUGCCUCCCCUUCAUUACAUCUCAGCGGCUUUGCCCGGCAACGGAAACGUGCACCGCCGCGAGAGGGAAGCACACGGUGCGCUCAGCUCGCCCAGCGCCUGCAGAAAGCACUGUUGCGGCCCGGCUCUGGACACCCCGUCCUCGUUCGAAGAGGACGAGCGUGCUGCUGCCCAGACAGCAGCCGGCGUGUAGCUGCUGUGCAGGCUGUUGGCUCCACCAGGAGCUCCUCAUUAGUCGUGACGGCCGUCUGCUGCAGAGCCAGCUGUAUAUAGCUUUUAGGGUAUUUUUUUAUUUUAAUUUUUAUCCUAAUAAAGGUUUCUAAUUUGGGUUUCUCUCCGGCUUCCUUUGGUUAUAUUUGGAAACACAGAAAUAGUCUUAACAAUCAGGAUUGUAUUUGUCCUGGGUGUGGGAGAAAAGCUGGCUUCC